CUGAUGACUUUUACCAACUUAAUAGUAUUCUCGUCAAUUGGGAUAAAUCUGUAUUACUUACUUCAGUACCGAUAGUAUCAUCUAUACACUUUAGACUAGCACACAAUGAAGAAUGGAUCAAACCAAUGGACCCCAAAUCAUCUACUCGUUAUCUCA